UCAUAUAACGAAAACAUGUCAAAUGUCGCAAAGCUUUAGGCAGUCAUAUUUACAGGGACCGUGUUUCAUUUGAAUUACGUGGAACUUCCGCGCUCUAUGACAUUGUUAACUAACACCUGACUCAGAAAGGGGCGUGUUUCGAGUGUGACACACGCCCAGGUAAAGGGCGUGGUCAUGCUGUUCAUGAAGCCACAGGUGAGUGCAGGUAAGAGGAGGCGGUCCGGAACAGUCAGCCAAUAACGAAAAAUCACCCGGAGCAAGCUAACAACAGUUUAAAAAAUAGGCAUAUGUCAAGCAGAACUAGGAGUUUAGGAGGACAGCGGGAUGCGUUGCCUGAAGAAAGCAAUACGACAGGGAAUACCGACUUAUUGUUUUCAAAUAUAAUUUAAGGAUAUUUCAUAAUUGUAUUAAACUAACAAAACAAAAAAAUAAGGUAACAACAACAAUAAUAAUUUUUUAAAAAAGCCGACGAGUCAAGGUCUGUUUGUAUUGUACAAAAUGACAAGCUCAGACGCUUUGCGCCCCACCUUGACAAAUUCAGGACGGAAGCCGCUGGGAAAGCUAGCUGCCCGGCUGGAAGAUGUGAAGAACCCUUGGAGGCAGGGAAUGACAUUGGAGCUCAGCCACAACGAAGCGGCCAGGCUAGCGACAGACGCCCUGUUAGACUCGGGGGAACUCCAAUACAAGCGAGUGCUAGAGGAGGAGAGGGAGCUGUCGUUUCUCUCGCCCUUAGAGAUCAAGUACAUCGCUGAAAGCGCUUCCAAGAACAGUAGCGCAGACAGCGGCAGUGUCACUGGCUCAGGCGGAGAGCUGUGCGGGGAGGGGUACGCGGUCUCGGAGCUCACCUCGGGGACCUACUUCCCGAUGAUGUCAGAUGAAGAGCCGCCCUUGCUGGAGCUAGGUUGGCCGGAGCUGACAAACCAGCUGCCUAAGUAUGGUCCUUCAGAAACGCAAAUCUACUUUCAGAGAGACAAGACGCACAAUAUGAAAGAUGUCAUUCGUUCACUAAUAAACAAGGCAAAUAAAGUAAUAGCAUUAGUGAUGGACCUCUUCACAGACGUGGAUCUGUUUUGUGACUUGCUGGAAGCUGCAAAUAAACGCAAAGUUCCCGUUUACAUCCUACUGGACGAGAAGAACCUGAAGUAUUUUAUUGAGAUGUGCAACACCUUGGACAUCCAGACGAUCCACAUCAGCAACAUGAGAGUCCGCAGUGUUUGUGGAGAUACCUAUUGCACAAAGCAUGGCAAGAAGUUUACUGGGCAGGUCUUGGAGAAGUUUCUUAUAAUCGACUGUGAAGAAGUGAUUGCUGGGUCUUACAGUUUCACCUGGCUCUCUUCUCAGGUUCACAGCAAUAUGCUGAUGCACUUCACCGGACGAAUCGUCGAGAGCUUUGACAGGGAGUUCCGAUGCCUCUACGCAGAUUCCCAAAUCGUCGAUAGCUUACACGACCCAGACGAAGACAGAAUUCCCUGUUACUCCUUCGGGAAACACCUUCCGGAGAUCAAGCAAGAAAACCCAAAGGAACGUGUCUACUCUGACCCUUCCAGCAGCUGCUCCAGCAACAGCUUCUCCAGCAUCAAGAAGAGUCCAGGCAUGGGCUGCCUGGCGUACCAACUGAAUUACGAUAACACUUACCUCAGUCCAGACAAGAGGGCCCCAAGUCCAGGUUUGUACAAUCCCAGCAACAAAGGGAGAAAAGGGUCUGGCAGCAGCAGUGCUUUGGAGCAGUCCAACGCUGGCUCACAAGAAUUCAACCCUAGCGCACUCAGAAAUGGAGGAGGAGCUGUAUCCAAGAUCUUAGGGCUGGGUCUUUAUGAGCCCAAGCAGAACGUCACUCUGCUGAACCCCUCACUGGGGAAGGCGCAAAGGAGCCCCCCUUACUCUGAUCCAGAGCAGCCUGGCAAACAGAAGACAGCCCCGCUCUUCAGCAAACUCUCUGAUUUCUUAACCCCUGGUACAAAAGAAGGCUUUACCAAAUCUCCAACCCGAAACAAUGCCUCCGCCACCGUGUUGCAAUUCAAAGACCUGAGCCUGUCAGAAUCGACAAAAACAAACGAAAACAAACCCGGGUAUCCGGUGGUGCCGGCACCCCUGCCCGCUGACCUGCUGCCAGCGGUGAGACGAGGAGAAAUCAGCAGGCACGAUGUCAAGAGGAUGACCCUCGGGCACAGCCAGCUGGACCUAGUAAACCGCUACAACAAGAUGAAAUCCAAAAACAUAUACAGCAGGUUCGAGGUAAAAGACACUCCGCACAAGUGAACCAGGCUGUCCUUUCAGACGAAGAGAGAUACUGAUGAAUAAUUAAGCAAAAUGAAAGUCAUCUUGCAAGUUUACCUGCGCCAUGCCUUGGCAAAGCCACUUCCUGUAUGUUUGAGGUGUGACUAUUCCACUGUAUAGUGUGUUCCUCGGGGAUUCUGUAAAUAACAAAAGCAAUGAAACACAUGCAUCACGCUUCGCUGUCUACGAAUGGAUGUGUUUUACACUAAUAGAAUUAAGGCAUGUUUUUGUGUUAUACACUGCUUUAAUUCAGUUAAACAGAGCCUGUCUGUGGUAUAUACAAGGUCAACAUGUGAGGCAGCAAGCAGACUGUAACGAACGUGCAGAGACUUGUCAGGAGUAAAUAAGACUCCCCCUUCUCAUUACUUGUGAAAGUGUCUGUUUACUUCUGAGCAGCCUGCUGUUUAUUCAGGACUCAGUGGACAGUGUUCCUCUUCAGCACUCAGGACCUUUAAUCUGGCAUUCUGCUGGUUUUGUUUGCUGUAUUUCUUGUCUUCCUGCAGUGCAAACGGUUGGUGUGAUUCUUUUUAUUAGGGGGAGGGUUGCAGUAUAUAGAGAGGUGUUGAGAAAUUCAGAUUUGCAGAGCGCCUGGCUUCCCAAAGGGCUUGUGGGUUUUAUGCUGUUCUGCCGCGUGUUACUGUUUCUGCAGAUGUGUAAUCAUCUACAUUUGCUAUUUUCAAAAAACAUGCUUUUUGUGGAUUAUACGAUAAAAGGUGUUUUGAUAAAUCUCUUGUAUAAUGAGCAUUUUCCCAAAAUGUGCCAUUUAUUACCAUAUGUAAAUAUGUUGCUAUAAAUUGUUUUUUUUAAUUGAUGAAGAGUAUUAUUAUUAUUAUUAUUGGUGUGCACAUUGUUAAAUUGCAGUAUGCAGAACAAAGUUUCUACUUCAUUCCGGCACUGCAUCCUGUACACUGGCUUAAAAUAACUAGUCUGAGACUGUGAUAUAUGGAAUGGACAGUGGGUUCAGUGCUAGUGCAAGUGCUAUGGAAAUACAGAGAACAAGUGAGGGCUGUGACUGUCUUAGAACAGGCUGUGCACUCUGAAGGGUUUUAUUAAACGAGAGAGCGCUUCAUUAUGCAGUGUAAAAGGCGGCCUGCAUUAGCUGUCACUGUUUUCAUUAAUCAUCCCAUGUGCCAGAGGAGGCGCUGCACUGUGCCAUAGCAACAUUCCAAACAUGGAACUCUGGCAGCAGAGAAAAUGUAACCUGUUCUCUUGCGAGUCUGGAAGCAUUAAGAAAUGCUGCCUGUCUAUUCUGGUUUUUUAUCUCCUUUUUUUUAAUGAAGCUGCUUGUGGAACACCGCUUGCACAGACAGCAUAACCAGCAGAGCGGGUUACCCUCUUGCCUCAAUGUUACCUAGAUUACUUUUUCUUUUUUUGUCCAAAGCUUUCUGCAAAUAUGCUGAAAAGCCUGCUACCCAUCUCCACCCUCUGGCAUGCCUAGCAGGAUUCUUGUAAUGCAGCACUGUGACAGAGUGCUAGCCGUGGCAUUAGAAGCAGUGCAACUACAUAGCAGGUGCCUUUACUGUUGUUUGUAGUGAAUCAGGCUUUGCAGUCAUGACAAUAAAACAGGUCUGGUUUUUCACGAUGAGAGAUGUUUAGCAUGAUGCCUCUAGCAAUACUAGAUAUAUUAAGUGAAGGUUUUGACAAUGUUAGCAUUGUAAGUAUUUAUGACAUAUUGUCAUUGGUAUUUCAUACUUUAUAAAAGCCUGGCUCACUACUGUAUUGAAACACACAUACACUACCGGUCAAGUUUUAGAACACCUCCAUUUUUCCAGUUUUUAUUGAAAUUUACACAGUUUA